AUGGGUAAACGAAAAAGUAAACGAAAACCACCACCCAAACAAAAACGUAUCAAACCAUUAGAAACCUAUUUUUCUUGUCCUUUUUGUGGACAUGAUCGAAGUUGUGAAGUCAAGAUAGAUCGAAAAGCCAAUGUUGGUACUAUCGAAUGUCGAAUGUGUCGCGAAACGUAUUCAACAACGGUACAUUAUUUAUCAGAAGCCAUAGAUGUGCAUAAUGCAUGGGUGGAUGCGUGUGAAGAGAUAAAUAAAGAAGGUGGAGAAGAGAGAGAAUAA